AUGAGCCAUCAAGUCCUGGCCCCGGACCAGUGGCCUCUGUUUGACAUUCGCCUAUCACGAGCCUCAGAGCAAAACUCAAGCGCAGAAGGGGACCAGUCACCUCCUCUGAUCAUGCAUGUUUCGCUCGACAUGCUGAUCAUGGACUUUUUCUCGUCUGCGAUCCUCGCUGGCGAUCUCGUCGAAGCUUUCAAACAGCUCAACAGUCGGGGACAAAUCGAGAUGGAGACGCCACCGGUCACCUUCAGACAAUUUGUCGUCUCGGAACACAAACGUCGAGAGGACGUUGUUGCCAACUCGGACCGCGAGUACUGGCUGUCGCGCGCCAACGACUUUCCACUCAGUGGACCCGAUCUUCCUUUGGCAAAGCACGUGGAUGCCAUCAAGACGCCCAAGUUCCGCAAGAUCGAAGCUGUUUUGCCUCGCUCGCAAAUGGAGGCUUUCGAAGCCAAUGCAGCAGCAGCUGGCGUGACUGCCUCGGCUGCCAUUGCUACAGCCUUUGGACGUGUGUUGACGAGGUACUCGGAGACGACGACCAACUUUGCCAUCAAUCUCACCGUCUUCUCGCGUCCGGCCGAGUAUGUAGGAAUUGAUCAGGUCAUGGGUGACUUUACCACGUCCAUCCUGCCCAACUACGACGACCAAAUCCGAACGGCAGCUUCCACGAGCGGCAGCUCUGCAUCCUUUGCGACUCGAGCUAGUCGAUUGAAUCUUCAACUUCUAGAUGACGUUGGUCACGCCAGUGGUUUCUCUGGUAUCGAGUUCGCACGCCACCUCUGA